AUGACCGCUUCUUCUGAAAAAACGUCUAACACUAGUAGUAGCUCUUCUGCAGCAAACAGAGCGACUAGUAGCUCUUCUGCAACUAACAGAACGACUAGCAGUAGCUCUUCUGCAGCUAACAGAGCGACUAGUAAUAGCUCUUCUGCAGCUAACCGAGCGACUAGUAACAGCUCUUCUGUAGCUAACAGAGUGACCAGUAACAGCUCUUCUGUAGCUAACAGAGCGACUAAUAACAACUCUCAACCGCCUCAAAAUCAUUUCGUUAUGCCCACCACAAGGGAUGAUAGCUAUACUUCUUCUCUUUUUUUUGGAGAAGAUUUUCCUUCUCGCACAUCAAUUAUGGACCAAAUUGUUGACGAAAUUGUUCUUGAACUCAAGAAGCAGGAUGGCGAAGAGUCUUGA